AUGUCUAAAUAUAAAGAAGAUAAUUCAAUGAAUCAGGAUGAUUCAAAUGAUACACUACAUAAUAAUAAUCAUUCCGAAUAUCAAGGAUUCACUCAACAAACUGAUGAAGAGAUCCAUGAUUUAGUUAAGACUUUAUCUCACAAUGAAACAUCUUCGAUGCAAUUAAUUCGUUAUCUAACAUCAAUGGAUGAAGUACCUGGUAUAAAUACUUUCAAAAAAGAUAUUGAUAAUCCUCAAUUAGAUCCAGAAUCACCUCAAUUUAAUGCAAAAUAUUGGGUUAAGAAUUUACGUAAAUUAUAUGAUUCAGAUCCUGAAUAUUAUCGUCGUGCAAAACUAGGUGUUGCCUAUCGUGAUCUAAGAGCAUAUGGUGUAGCUAAUGAUGUCGACUAUCAACCUACAGUCACAGAUUUUCUUUGGAAACAUGCACGUGAAGGACUACGUUCUCUUUGGAAGGAAGAUAAAUCAAGAAUGUUUGAUAUUUUGAAACCUAUGGAUGCAAUUAUGAGGCCAGGUGAAGUUACUGUUGUUUUAGGUAGACCAGGUUCUGGUUGUUCCACUUUAUUGAAAACCAUUGCUGUUAAUACUUAUGGAUUUGAUAUUGGAGAAGAAUCAAAAAUCAGUUAUGAUGGACUUAAACCUGAAGAAAUUGCCAGAAGUUAUCGUGGAAGUGUAAUUUAUUCAGCAGAAACCGAUGUUCAUUUUCCAAGUAUGACAGUACAAGAUAUAUUAGAAUUUGCUGCCAGAUUAAGUACACCCCAAAAUCGUGGUGAAGGAAUUGAUAGAGAAACAUACACAAAACAUCUUGCAUGUGUAUAUAUGGCGACUUAUGGUUUACUUCCAGCCAGAAAUACUCCUGUUGGUAAUGCUUUUAUUCAAGGUUGUUCCGGAGGUGAAAGAAAAAGAGUAUCAAUUGCUGAAGUUUCAAUUAGUGGAGCAAAUUUACAAUGUUGGGAUAAUGCAACUAGAGGAUUAGACGCAGCUACUGCAUUGGAAUUUAUUAGAGCUUUAAAGACUUCAGCCACGAUUUUGGAAGCAACUCCUGUGAUUGCCAUUUAUCAAUGUUCUCAAGAUGCAUAUGACUUGUUUGACAAUGUUUCAGUCUUGUAUGAUGGUUAUCAAAUUUUUUUUGGUAAAGCUGACAAGGGUAAGGAAUUCUUUGAAAAUAUGGGUUGGAAAUGUCCACAAAGACAAACUACUGCUGAUUUUUUAACAUCUAUCACGAAUCCAGCCGAAAGAGAAACAUUGCCAGGUUAUGAAAACAGUGUCCCCCGAACCCCUAAAGAAUUUGAAACAUAUUGGAAAAAUUCACCAGAAUAUGCGGCAUUGAUCCAAGAUAUAGAUCAAUACCUUAUUGAUUGCGAAAAACUUAAUACCAAACAAAUCUAUCAUAAUUCUCAUGUUGCCAAACAAUCUGACCACAUUAGAGGAAAAUCCCCAUAUACUGUUUCGUUCUUUAUGCAAGUCAAAUACAUUAUCCGAAGAAACAUAAAACGAACAAGAGGUGAUCCAUCAAUCACCCUAAUGUCAGUUAUUUCCCAAGCCAUUAUGGGUCUAGUCAUAUCUUCAGUAUUCUACAAUCUUGAUUCCACUUCCACAUCCAUGAAUUAUAGAGGUGUUGCAUUAUUCUUUGCCGUUCUUUUAAAUGCAUUUUCAUCCUUAUUAGAAAUCAUGGCAUUAUUCGAAGCAAGAAAAAUCGUUGAAAAGCAUAAAAAAUAUGCCCUAUAUCGACCUUCAGCCGAUGCACUAGCAAGUAUCAUAACUGAACUCCCCACGAAACUCCUAAUGUCCAUAUCAUUCAAUUUAGUCUAUUACUUCAUGGUUAAUUUCCGGAGAAAUCCAGGAAGAUUUUUCUUCUUUUGGUUAAUUUGUUUCACAUGUACAUUAAUCAUGUCACAUUUGUUUAGAAGUAUGGGAGCAGUAUCAACCUCAUUAGCCAGUGCCAUGACCCCAGCAACUAUUUUAUUAUUAGCCAUGGUCAUCUAUACCGGUUUUGUCAUUCCCAAACCAGAAAUGUUAGGCUGGGCCCGUUGGAUCAGUUAUAUUAACCCGGUCGGAUAUGCGUUUGAAUCGCUUUUGGUGAAUGAAUUCCAUGGUCGGAAUUUCACCUGUUCGACAUUCAUUCCCAUGGGACCCUCAUAUGAGAAUAUCACGAAUGCGAAUCGGGUAUGUUCGGUAGCAGGGGCCGAUCCGGGGAGUAUGAUGGUCAGUGGGACGGAAUAUUUACGGUUGAUGUAUGGAUAUGAGAAUGCUCAUAAAUGGAGGAAUUGGGGGAUUUGUGUGGGAUAUGUGUUUUUCUUCUUGGCGGUUUAUAUAUCAUUAACGGAAUUGAAUCGUGGUGCUAUGCAGAAGGGUGAGAUUGCAUUAUUUUUGAAGUCGUCAUUGAAGAGACACAAGAGAGAUAAGGAACGUGCUAAUGCUGAUGUUGAGAAUGGAAGAAUGAAUGACAAAGUAUCAUAUCUCGAAAAAGCAGAGGCUGAUAGCUCGAGCAGUAAAUCUACAGCAAAGGCAGUUGGAAAUGGUGCAACCAAAGACUUAGCGCAAAAUCAAGACCAAAUAUUCUUCUGGAGGGACUUAACCUACCAAAUCAGAAUUAAAAAAGAAGACCGAAUAAUCCUAGACCGAGUUGAUGGUUGGGUUAAACCUGGUCUAGUCACGGCGUUGAUGGGUGCCACGGGUGCUGGUAAAACAACUUUAUUGAAUUGUUUAUCAGAGCGACUCAAAGUCGGAGUCAUCACCGAUGGGAAAAGAAUGGUCAAUGGACAUGCAUUAGAUUCAUCAUUCCAGAGAUCAAUUGGAUAUGUCCAACAACAGGAUUUACAUCUUCCUCAACUGACCGUGAGAGAGGCAUUACGAUUUUCGGCAUAUUUGAGACAAUCAAAUUCUAUUCCUCGUAAAGAGAAGGAUAAGUAUGUGGAUUAUAUUAUUGAAUUGUUGGAAAUGGAAGAAUAUGCUGAUGCAUUAGUUGGUGUUGCUGGUGAAGGUUUGAAUGUUGAACAAAGGAAGAGAUUAACUAUUGGGGUUGAAUUAGUUGCUAAACCGAAAUUAUUGUUGUUUUUGGAUGAACCUACUUCCGGAUUGGAUUCUCAAACUGCAUGGUCGAUUUGUAAAUUGUUAAGAAAAUUGGCUGAUCAUGGUCAGGCUAUUUUGUGUACUAUUCAUCAACCAUCUGCUUUAUUGAUGAAGGAAUUUGAUCGAUUGUUGUUUUUACAAAUGGGUGGUCAGACUGUUUAUUUUGGUGAUUUAGGUGAGAAUUGUCAGAGUUUGAUUGAUUAUUUUGAAAAAUAUGGUGCUGAUCCGUGUCCUAAAGAUGCAAAUCCAGCUGAAUGGAUGUUACAAGUUGUAGGCGCUGCUCCUGGUUCUCAUGCCAAACAGGAUUAUUUUGAAGUAUGGAGGAAUUCCACCGAAUAUCAAGAAAUUCAAAACACUCUCGAUGAAAUGGAACGAGAAUUAGUCAAGUUACCAAGAAUAGAAGAUCCAGAAGCCCACUUAAAAUAUGCUGCGCCAUUAUGGAAACAAUACCUCCUCGUAUCACGGAGAGCUAUAGUUCUGGACUGGAGAACUCCAGGAUACAUAUAUUCGAAACUUUUCUUAUGUUUAUCCUCAGCUUUAUUCAACGGGUUUUCAUUUUUUGGGGCCAAUAAUUCCAUACGUGGUCUUCAGAAUCAAAUGUUUGCAGUCUUCCUAUUCUUCAUCCCAAUGAACACCUUACUUGAACAAAUGUUGGAAUAUUUUGUUCGUCAUCGUGAGAUCUAUGAGGUUCGUGAAUCAAGUUCGAGAAUGUUUAGCUGGAUUACUUUCAUGGCAGCCCAAGUCACGAGUGAAAUCCCAUAUCAAAUUGCGGUAGGAACAUUGGCGUUUUUCUGUUGGUAUUAUCCCGCUGGGUUCUAUUUGAAUGCCAUCCCCACCCAUCAGGUUGCCAGUAGAGGAGUUUUGAUGUGGAUGUUGGUAUGUAGUUUUAUGGUAUAUGCUACGAGUAUGGGGCAUUUAGUCAUUUCAUUUAAUGAAGUCCCAAUCAAUGCGGGAAAUGUUGGUCAUUUGUUAUUUUCAUUCUGUUUGAUCUUUUGUGGUGUAUUGGCUGGUCCAGGACAAAUGCCAGGAUUUUGGAUAUUCAUGUAUCGGAUCAAUCCCUUCACAUAUCUUGUACAGGCCAUUUUGACUACGGCGUUAGCAAAUUCGAAUGUGAUUUGCUCCCCUCAAGAAUUAGUUACGAUUGUACCGCCCGAGGGUCAGAGUUGUCAAGGGUUUAUGGAUCCGUUUAUUUCAACUGCUGGGGGAUAUGUGACUACGAGUGAUGCUGGCGAUUGUUUGUUCUGUCUGAUGAGUGAUACGAAUGUGUUUUUGGCCAGUGCUCACGCAUAUUUCAGUCAAAGAUGGAGGAAUUGGGCAAUUUUUACCUGUUAUAUUGUUGUAAAUCUCAUAUUGGCUAUAUUCUUGUAUUGGUUAGCAAGAGUUCCCAAAGGUACUAGAGAGAGGAAGAAGAAAGACAAACAAAAGACAAGUUGA